AUGGAGUCACCUUCAUCGGCGACGUUGACAUCUGUCGACGUCGAAGAGCAGAGGGAUGCGCUCCGCAAGCGCUUGACUGUGACUUUCCGUAACCUCAGUGUCCGAGUGACGGCUCCAGAUGCUGCUCUUGGGAGUACAAUGUGGUCCGAAGUCGACCCCCGGCAAUUGCUGGAUCUUUUCGAACGAAACAAGCGUCCUAAGCGUGCAAUUCUCAACGACAUCAAUGGGCAAGUGAAACCAGGCGAAAUGUUACUUGUUCUUGGUCGACCGGGGUCGGGCUGUACUUCUCUGCUGAAUGUGCUCUCCAACUCGCGAGAAUCAUUUGAUGAAGUCAUUGGCGAGACAUUCUACGGUAGUAUGGACCACAAGACUGCUAAAAAAUACCGCCAGCAGAUUAUGUUUAACACAGAAGACGAUAUUCACUUUGCAACUCUGACCGUCAAUCGUACGAUGAAGUUCGCUCUGCGAAAUAAGAUACCACGUGAGCGCCCAGAGCAUCUUCAGGGUAAGAAGGAUUUCAUUUCAGAUAAAAGGGACGAGAUUCUUGAUUCCUUGGGUAUCGGUCAUACGAAGAAAACAUUAGUGGGGAACGAGUAUGUUCGGGGUGUAUCUGGUGGAGAGAGGAAAAGGAUGUCGCUAGCAGAGGUGAUGGCUGGACAGAGCCCUGUUCAGCUCUGGGACAAUCCAACACGAGGUUUGGAUUCGAAGACCGCGGCUGAAUUCGCAAAAGUUCUGCGCCGGGAAGCGGAUCGGAACAAGAAGACAAUGAUUGCGACCAUGUAUCAAGCAGGAAAUAGUAUCUACGACGAGUUUGACAAAGUCCUUGUUCUGGCGGACGGUCGAGUCAUCUAUUAUGGGCCUCGGAGCUGUGCCCAAAAGUACUUCGAAGACCUCGGCUUUAUCUGCCCUAAGGGAGCCAACAUAUCUGACUUCCUCACCGCAUCUACUGUGACCACUGAGAGAAUCAUCCGGCCCGGUAUGGAGGCGACCGUCCCAAACACUCCAGAGGAGUUCGAAGCCAUCUUCCGUAAGAGUGAAAUAUUCAAGCAGAUGAUGGAAUCGAUCAUCCCUCCGGAGCAGUUGACGUACGAGGUUGAUGAUCUGAAGCUUGCUGUUGCUGCUGAGAAGCGGAAACGUCACCUUCCCCGUCCUAAGAGCGUGUACACUGUUGGCCUUUGGGACCAGAUUGUAACGUGCACUAUCAGGCAAUUCCAGAUCAUCAUGGGUGAUAAACUCUCUCUCGCCAUCAAGGUCUUCAGCUCCAUUAUACAGGCCCUCGUCUGUGGAAGUCUCUUCUAUAACCUUAAGGAUGACAGCACAUCGAUCUUCCUUCGGCCUGGGGUUCUGUUCUUCCCUGUUCUAUACUAUUUGCUGGAAUCUAUGUCCGAAACAACUGCAUCUUUCAUGGGUCGUCCCAUUCUGUCUCGGCAGAAGCGUUUUGGGUUCUAUCGCCCUACGGCUUUCUGUAUCGCCAAUGCGAUCACGGAUAUCCCCAUGGUGAUGAUCCAAGUGACCUUCUUUUCGCUUAUUCUAUAUUUCAUGUCCGCUUUGCGAAUGGAUGCUGGAAAGUUUUUUACCUUCUGGAUUAUCGUAAUCGCACAGACGUUAUGUUUUGUUCAGCUCUUUCGCAGCGUAGGCGCUGUCUGCAAAAAAUUCGGAAAUGCCUCAAAGAUUACGGGUUUACUUUCAACGAUCUUCUUUGUUUAUGGAGGAUAUCUUAUUCCAUUCCAUAAAAUGCAUGUUUGGUUUCGUUGGAUAUUUUAUCUCAACCCAGGUUGGUUUUCCCGAGAGUCAACAGCAGCACUCGAUGUUGACUGGAAUAUAGGAGCCUAUGCCUUUGAGUCCUUCAUGGCCAACGAGUUCGUCGGUUUGAAAUUGAAAUGCGUCUCACCAGACUACAUUCCAUUUGGCAAUGGAUAUUCGGACUCGGCCUCACAGUAUCGGGGAUGCUCUGUCAUCGGCAGCAAUGAGGAGGGCAUCAUCGAUGGGGAAACCUACAUCCGUGAACAGUACAACUACUCUGUUCACCAUAUCUGGCGAGGAUUUGGUAUCAUCGUCGGCUUUUGGGCAUUCUUCAUAUUCCUGACUGCUCUCGGCUUUGAGAUGCACAAUAGCCACGGGGGCUCGUCGGUAAUCCUCUAUAAACGAGGAAGCAAGAAAAAUCGAGUCCAAGACGAAGAAAAUGGACGCCAAGGGCAGUAUUCAGAAAAGGAUUCCGGGACCUUUUCCCAAUCAGCCAAGCAGUCGACUUUCACAUGGCAUGAUCUGGACUACCACGUCCCGUUUCAUGGAGAGAAAAAGCAAUUACUGGACAAGGUAUUUGGAUACGUGAAGCCAGGUAAUCUGGUUGCGCUGAUGGGAAGUUCUGGGGCUGGAAAAACGACACUGCUGGAUGUGCUGGCUCAGAGAAAAGACUCGGGCGAAAUCUUCGGGUCGAUCUUGAUCGAUGGACGCCCUCAGGGUAUCAGCUUUCAACGCACAACUGGAUAUUGUGAGCAGAUGGAUGUACAUGAAGAAACGUCCACUGUUCGAGAAGCCCUAAUUUUUUCUGCCGUGCUUCGCCAACCCUCCACGGUUCCCUAUGAAGAGAAACUGAACUAUGUGGAACACAUCAUUGAUCUCUUAGAGCUGCGGGACAUCUGUGAUGCUCUGAUUGGAGUUCCGGGCGCUGGGCUCAGUAUUGAGCAGCGAAAACGAGUAACACUAGGUGUUGAGUUGGUCGCAAAGCCUACCCUUUUGUUCUUGGACGAGCCUACUUCCGGUUUGGAUGGUCAGAGUGCCUACAACAUCGUUCGAUUCUUGAGAAAGUUAGUAGACGGUGGACAGGCUGUUCUGUGCACGAUUCAUCAACCUUCUGCUGUAUUAUUCGAGGCAUUCGAUUCGCUACUGCUCCUUGCAAAAGGAGGAAAGAUGACAUACUUCGGACAAACUGGCAAAGAUUCGAGCAUAGUGCUCGACUAUUUUGGGAGAAACGGUGCACCUUGCCCGCCUAACACCAAUCCAGCAGAGCAUAUCGUGGAUGUCGUGCAAGGAAAUACCGAAGAAAAGAUCGACUGGGUUGAAGUCUGGAAGCGUUCAGAGGAACGUCAAAGAGCGAUGGCUGAACUAAAUGCAUUGAACGAAGCUUGCAAAGCCGAUCCCAACUACGUUGAGGACACAGCAGACUUUGCUACGUCGCACUGGUUUCAGUUCAAGACAGUUCUUAAACGACUUAUGAUUCAGCUUUGGCGGUCACCCGAUUAUAUGUGGAAUAAAAUCAUCCUUCACGUUUUUGCCGGACUCUUUGGUGGGUUUACCUUCUGGAAGAUGGGCAAUGGCACUUUCGAUCUUCAACUGCGUCUUUUCGCCAUAUUCAAUUUCAUUUUUGUGGCGCCAGGCUGUAUAAACCAGAUGCAACCAUUCUUCCUCCAUAACCGCGACCUCUUUGAAACUCGGGAGAAGAAGUCGAAAAUCUAUCAUUGGAUUGCAUUCAUCAGCGCCCAGGUGGUUUCGGAGAUCCCAUACCUGAUCGUUUGUGCAACCUUGUACUUCGCAUGCUGGUAUUUCACAGCUGGAUUCCCCGUUCGUGCUGCUGUUUCUGGACAUGUUUAUUUGCAGAUGAUUUUUUAUGAGUUCCUGUACACGUCCAUCGGCCAAGCAAUCGCCGCUUAUGCCCCCAAUGCGUAUUUUGCUGCCGUUAUGAAUCCUGUUCUUAUCGGAGCCGGAAUGAUCAGUUUUUGCGGUGUCGUCGUCCCGUAUAGUUCGAUGCAACCAUUCUGGCGGUACUGGCUGUACUACCUGGACCCCUUUAAUUACCUUGUCGGCGGUCUGCUGGGUGAGGUCCUGUGGGACGUCAAAGUGGAAUGUAAGGAAUCGGAAUGGGUACGUUUCGCAGCACCGCCGGGCCAGACCUGCGGCGAAUACAUGGCCGGCUUCCUAGCAGACAACUCAGGCUACCUGCGUGACUCGAAUGCCACGGCAACAUGUUCGUACUGCCAGUACAGUACCGGUGGCGAUUAUGGUAAGACCUUCAACCUGAGGGAUAAGUACUAUCCGUGGAGAGAUACUGGGAUUACGGCGCUGUUCUGCAUUUCCUCGUAUGCUCUUGUCUUUCUGAUGAUGAAGCUGCGGAGCAAGAAGACCAAGAGCGCGCGGUCUGAGUGA